AUGGCAAACAAGUUUGGAUUAGGGUCUUUACCUCUAGAAUCUAAAAAUCCCAUGAGUUCUACGGCGUUUAUAAACAAAGCGAAACCUUUUUUCGUGGAUCAAAUCGGAGACACCUUACAAGGGGAUAUUGAUAUGAACAAUUUCAAAAUAACUAAUUUAAAGUUUCCAGGAAACGAUAAUGAUGCCGUGAACAAGAAAUAUUUACUGGAUCAAAUAAACGCAAUUCAAAUAGAUAAGAACCAUGUUGAAAAUAGAAUCACUGACGUGAAAAAAUUCAUCAGACGAAAUAUUAAAAAUCUUGUGGACAAACCCAAACUACAACAAGAGUUAACGAGUUUGAAACGUCUUAUUCAAGUGGAUAAAACAAGUCAGUUGCAAAAUUUAAUAUCUAAAUUAGACAAUAAGAUUAUGAAGAUCGUGAAGCAAAAAUCAGAUGUUCAAGAUAUAAUUAACACACUUCCCAUUGACAAAGAUACGUUGAAACGACAAUUGACUGCUUUGGAUACUAAAAUCACGGACGAAUUAGAAAAAGAAAUGGGUGUGAUUAAAAACUUUCUUCAAAAUAAAUUUCGAGAUGAUAUGAAAAAUUAUAUUAAAGAACAGGUCAAUCUUUUGGUAUCUAGAAUUCAUGACGAUUUUUUGAGACUAGAGAGAAAGUUGAGCAAAUUAGAAGCUAUUGUCACGGACAAAUCGUAUUAUUUCAAUCUUCCAUUCGAAAGUGACACUGUCUUCGAUAGAAAAGACCAAAUUUAUAAAUCAAACAAAUACAGAUUCAAAGCAGAAAUAAAAGUGGGUACUCUCGCAUACGGAGAACCUAAAAACGUAUUUGAUAUCGGCGAAACGGAAGCGUUAACUUUUCGAGGUAAUUGUCUGAUUCAAAUAGAGUUUCCCAUGAAGGUUAAAGUCAAUAAAGUAGUCUUCAAACAAAGCGGUAAGGGCGUCAAACAUAUUUCAUUAUUCAAUGAUGGUAAUUUGGAAGAGAAUAUACGUUUGAUUGAUAAAAGGGAUCAGGAAAUUGAAACGAAAAAUGGUAAAUAUGUAGACACCUUUAAAAUGGAAGUAGAAAAUGAUAAGGAUAUCAUUGGAAUCAAAGAUUUGGAUAUGAUAUUGGAGACGGAAAAUCCACCAUUAACCAACAUUGUCAAAAUUCCAUUUAUAAUGCCCGUAUACGUACCCGGACCAAUAGAAUUGAGCAGUCACGAGUUUUUACGAACAACAGACUUUGAAUACGUAAAACUGUAUUUCGCUUUAGGUGGAAAAUACACCUCGAUCGAUGUUCAUAAAAGUCAACAAGAAAGAGAGUUUAUAGUACAUUUAACAUUUGCCGAAGAUUCCGACUCCAUCCUUAAUGGUGGUGGUUUUAUUUCUAGAGCCAAGAUAAACAUCGAAAAAGAAAAAAUAAAAUAUUCCUAUCAUCUUAAAGAGGACCAUACGAAAAAAGAAAUGUCGUUAGUACGCGUAAAUGUUUUUACUUUUAAUACCCGCAAAUAUAAUAAUGCUAGGCCAAACAAGGAGGCUCUAUACGAUAUUCCGUGGUUCCAUUUAUCGGAAAUUAACUUAAUUUAA